UUUUGCAGCCAAAGUCCACUUAAUAUUGUCUCAUUCACUGGAUGAGCAUAAAUUUUAGGUAGAAUCAUAGGAACAAAGGGGAUAAUAAAUAUUGCAAGUACAUGAUUUUGCUAUGGUUAGUCGAAAAAAAUCUUAUGAAGAAAGCCAGACCAAAACAUUUUAUUACCUGAUGUAAAAAAGCAAAGUUAUAUUAUUAUUAUGGUUGGUUGCACAAACAGAUGUUUAGACUAGAUUUGGCAUUUUUGUCCACCUAUUGAGACCUUCCCAAAGAUCUAGGCUAGGCAGAUGCUGUUGCUUAAUAAUAUUAAAGGUAUAAUCACAUCAUGAAAGCUGUUUCAAGUGAAGCUGGCUUGUGCAACUGACUGAUGAUGAUAUUGUCCUGUUAUUAUUGAUACUACCUUUGCUUUCUUUUCCCACAGUCAUUGUGCUUCUAUUUGCAGAUCUUUAAUUUUUUUAAUUUUCACCAGUCCUUUGUCUUCUAUUCUGCUCUUUCCAAUUAGUGCAAUGUCCACUAUACAGAUAUUUUUGUCUUAUCAACAGUUGUUAAGUCUGGACUGUUGUGUAGCAGAUGCUUAUAUGUUUGAAUUCUAAAGUCCCGGAAUAUUUUAGCUUCUUUAUUUUUUAUUACUUUGUCUAUUUUGGGGUCCCCCAGUUCUUGCUGGCAGGCAAAUGGAAUUUCUUGCAGAUAUUUCGGUGUACAUUAAAUUGCUACUUUGUCAUCCGUUAUCUGUACAAUCUUCUUGCUAACUAGAUGGUCCACCAUUUUUCCAGCUUCUUUGCAGAGGCGGCAUUUGCUGUCUCUUGCUUUCUUCUCAAUUCUGGUUUUAUAUGCAUUUGUUUUUAAGGUCUUGUCUUAUGCAGCCAGAUUUAGCCCCUCUGUCUCUUUCUUCAACUUUCCUGCUCUUAGCCAUUCCUAGGUCUUGUUGUUAUCUGUUAGUUUUUUAUGUACUAGCCAGGUAAUACUUUUCCUUGCCACAUCUCAUUUUUGUUCUUCAUUUUGAUCUUAUAGACCACAUUGGUCUCUUUGGUAUUCAGUAAGUCUUCAUGGUGAACUAGCUUUCAAUGCAUCUUUUUCACUGUCCUUCGGAUAUUCUUCUAAUAUUUUUUUUCAUUUUUUUCUUCUUCAACUGUCUGAUGUACUUGCAACAUCUCACAACCUUGAUGCUCCUUGAUAAGUAGAGUCUAUCAACACUGAAGGAUGCCGAGUGCUCUCUGACCUUGGUUGUUUUCAAUAGCAAUAGCAAUAGCAGUUACACUUAAAUACUGCUUCAUAGUGCUUUACAGCCCUCUCUCGGGAAUUUACAGAGUCAGCAUAUUGCCCCCAACAAUCUGGGUCAUCAUUUAACUGACUUUGGAAAGAUGGGAGGCUGAGCCAACCUUGAGCCAGUCAGGAUCAAACUCCUGGCAGUGGGCAGAGUCAGCCUGCAACACUGCAUUCUAACCACUGCGCUACCACAGUUCUUUUCAUUACCCAAACUAGAUAAUACCAUCAGUGCUAGUAAGGAGUGGGGUUUGCUCUCAAUUUAUAUUCUAGGGACUUGGUAGGGGUAGUCUUUGAGGCUCUUUGGUUGGGCUAAUGUUUUUUUGGCAGUUCCUUGAUUGGGUAUUGUUUCCUUCUUGAUUGUUGGUCUGAUGUUAAUCUUGGUGUUAAUCUAUGCUUAUCUGUGUGUUAAUUGCUAAUGUGGUGUUUGGAUCUUUUUGUUCCCUUUUUGGCUUGUUGAUUGUCUCUUUCGCACAGUAUGUAGAUACUGUUUAUGUCUACAUGUCUAUUGAUGGGCAAUAUGUAAGAGUGCCAGCCUUCCAGGAAUAUCUUUUUCAUAGCCUUCCUGGCACUGUACCAAGCGCUGGUCUGUGGCUUAUUUCUAGACCAUUCCUUUACUGUUGAUGAUUGAUUCUAAAAGAAAGAAGCUACCCACCACUUUGAUAUAUUCAUGGGUAAUUCUAAGGCUGAUUGUUCUAUUGUUCUUCAUUUUUCACUGUGAUUAUUCAUUUUUAUUUUGUAUUUCUGAACCACCUGCCUCACUCCAAGAGUGAUUAGUUUGGUUUUAAAUGUAACACCCCCCCUUUUUUUUUACUGUGCUCCUUGACUUUUAUUACUAGAGCUUGCAGGACAUUUCCAUUUUUGGCUAUCAAAGUAAUGUCACCAGCGCUGCUUAGGUUUCUUCUUCCAAUUUUAAAGCCAUGCUCUCUUCUUCCCAUCUACCUUCUCUUAUUCAGCAUAUAGUAUAAGUAAAUGAGGGGAGAAUAUGCAGCCUUGACACACUCCUUUGCCAACUGGAGGCAGUCUGUUUCACCAGGUUCUGUCCUGACCUGUAUGAAAUGGUGCAUAAUAUUAAAGGCAAACAAAAGAAUUUUGACAUUUAAAACAGAAAAUCCCUUAGGCCAAGGGUCCCCAACCCCUGGGCCAUGGACCACUACCGGGCCACAGCCCAUUGGGAACUGGGCUGCUGAAGCAAUGGACGAGCCUGCAAAGCUUCAUUUGCACAUUACGGGAUUUAGGUUGCAUGUGCAAAACCGUUUCCCCCCCCGCUACCCAAACCACCAAAGCCGUUCGUGGUGCUGAUGGUCUGUGGAAUCAAAAGGUUGGGGACCCAUGUCAUAAGCAUUUCCCCGUCAGUAGAAACAGAAUAAUAUACUAAGGAAUAACAUAAUUAUCUUUUUUAUACCUUUGGAGCUAAAUGUUGCUCAGUAGCAAUUUCUGCUAGAAGUACUUGACUCUAAUGCUUAGAUUAUCAUCUUGAAUUGCUGUCCAUGGACAUUCUCAUAUACAACAUUAACCAGAUUUUUUUUAAAAUACUAUACAAGUUUUACUCUUUAAGUGUAAAUUAAUAAAAACAAUAAAUAAAAUGUUACAUGUAAAUAAACAAAAUGUUACAGCAGUAACAAUAAUUUUUAGAUCAAGGUUAUUAAAUAUGUGAAGUUUGAAAUGUUCAAAUACCUUUUGCCAAAUAACGGUAAACAAAACAAAGAUGGGCAGAGAAAUUAAAAAGGGGAUUUUAAAAAACAUGUGGCAGGAGUCUGCAGAUAUACAAAAGAAAUGAAAUGAUAUACAAAUGAAAUGAAAUGACAGAAUAUCUCCUGACAUAUAGCAUAUAACAGGAAUGAAAUUGAUUAAGGGAAAGUACAUCUAGUGAAACUCUUGUUACGUUCAUGAGUUAAGUUCAUACUAGGAUUUUUUUAAAAUUGUUUUUGUUGAUAUUGUUGAAUCUAUCAUGAUUUGAUGAACAUCCUGGAUGAAUUUGUGCAUUGGGCAAAUGUUCAUAUAGUAAGUUCAGACAAGAGGGUUUUUUUUAAAUUAUUUUUGUUGUUAUUGUUGAAUCUAUCAUCACGAUCUGGUGAACAUCCUGGGUGAAUUUGCGCAUUAGGCAAGCCAGUCCAAUGGAUUAAAGUGACAAGGGAAACAAUCGGCCUGAUUAUAGAGCUCUUAGUAGAAAGCAAGUUAUUUUAGGACCCAGCAGCAAUCUUUGCUGCUGUCCGUUACACACUGCAUAGCUAUUAGUGCUCCGGGUCGUCCCUGUCGCUUGCUCCUUCGAUUCGAUCCUCUGCGCCUGGCAUCCGAAGCGGUUGCAGGCACAGGAAAGGAGCGAGAGGAAGCCUGUUUCCUCCCCAUCCCAGCAGCUUUCCUUGCAGAGGGGCGCUCGCGGCGGUACAUUGCUGGCAAGGAAACCUGCCUGGCCCGGCUAGGGCCGCCGGCUGGGUCGUGCAUGCGCCUGCGCGGGCGCGCCACUGCUUCGUCAAAAGCGGGACUUGGAUAGCUCCGGCUGGGGUCUUUCCUCUACUUGACGCACCAAAGCACAAAACGCCUCACUGGGCUCGCCUUCUCCCGCCGUUAUCUUAGCGCGGUGCAGCAGCCGGGCGAGAUUCUGGCUAGAAUUUGGGCCCUCCCUCGGGGGCGGGGCCACGGAAAGACCGCGGCGUCCCCACCUCCUUUCUCGGUAGCUCCAAGGAGAGGACGGAAUUACUGCACGGGGACGCCGCCAGCUGCAUCUUCUCCGCUUCGUGUUUUAAAACUGGAUGGAAGCCGCCCGGGGCUUGUCGGAGCCUCAGCGGCUGAUAACGGGAAUCCCUCAGCUGCUGCUGCUGCUCGUGUUCAGUUUUUGCGGCUGUCCGCGGGCUGCGAGAUGCUGAGCUGCGGCUCCACGAAAGCGUUCGGGGGCCCCGCUUCGGUGCUCGCGCGCGCGUGAUUCCAGAGAGCGACCUGCCGCCCUCCUGAUGGACACGGAGUCCCGAGUACAGCUCAGGGCUGUUGCUGCUGCUGCUGCUGAAUCUCGGGGGAAGGGUCGUGUGAACGCCGAGUCGCAGAAGAACCCAACGCUGUUGCUGCCGUUGUAUGGGUGGAAUGCUGAGCGGGCUACCCACUCCGGGUCGUCUCGGUGGGCAGGGGGCUUAAGAGGUGGCUUUUAGGGUGUUCUUUAAAAAUUAUUAUCCCGAGUUUCAUUUGGAAAGCCGAACGGGUGGGGGGGGGGUUGCAGGAGACCAAAGCCCGUCCAUGGCCAACCCGCGGCGGAGCAUUGAGCUGGAGCAUUUCGAGGAGCGAGACAAAAGGCAGCAGCGCUCGAGCUCCCGCCGGGGAGGGGGCAGCUCCACUUGUAGCAGCAGCUCGGGGCCCAAAGGCAACGGGCUCAUCCCCAGCCCCGCGCACAGCGCCCACUGCAGCUUCUACCGCACGCGCACCCUCCAGGCCCUCAGCUCGGAGAAGAAAGCCAAAAAGGCGCGCUUCUACCGCAACGGGGACAAAUACUUUAAGGGCUUGGUCUAUCCCAUUUCCAGUGACCGCUUCCGCUCCUUCGACGCCCUGCUGAUCGAGCUCACCAGGUCUCUGUCCGACAACGUCAACCUGCCCCAGGGCGUCCGGGCCAUCUAUAGCAUCGAUGGCAGUCGAAAGCUCUCCAGCCUCGACGAACUGGUGGAUGGUGAAAGUUAUGUAUGCGCUUCCAAUGAGCCAUUUCGGAAAGUUGAUUACAUUAAGAAUGUUAAUCCAAAUUGGUCUGUCAACAUAAAAUCUGGGUCAUCUCGAUCCUUCACAUCCUUAAUAUCUGCAAAAAGUGAAAUAAAGGAGAGCAAAGACUUCAUUAAACCUAAACUGGUAACUGUUAUACGCAGUGGAGUGAAGCCACGAAAAGCUGUGAGAAUUUUGUUGAAUAAAAAAACUGCUCAUUCCUUUGACCAAGUGUUGACUGAUAUAACAGAAGCUAUUAAGUUAGAUUCAGGCAUUGUCAAGAGAAUUUGCACAUUGGAUGGAAAACAGGUUACCUGUUUGCAAGACUUUUUUGGUGACGAUGAUGUUUUUAUUGCCUGUGGACCUGAAAAAUACCGUUAUGCUCAAGAUGAUUUUGUUCUGGAUCAUAGUGAAUGCCGUGUUAUGAAAUCAUCUUAUUCCCGUGCAUCUGGAACAACAAGAUAUUCUGGAUCUAAAAGUCCUGGGCCUUCACGUCGAAGCAAGUCCCCAGCUUCAGUAAAGAGGGGUGGCCACUACUCCAGUACAUGCUCUUCAGCAAAAUCCCCAGUCAGUGGAGCCCCCAGCAGCCAGAUUUCUACUCCUAAAUCAACAAAAUCAUCUGGUUCCUCACCAACUAGUCCUGGAAGUUUUCGAGGACUCAAGAUUCUCCCUCCUUGUGAAUCUUCUUCUAAUGUAAAUGGUGUGCCUGAAAUAUCUCCUUACCUGAAUCCUGAAGGCAUAAAUGGAAACAAGUACUCUGAGACAUCCACCAUUCUUGAAAAGUACAAAGUGGGAAAGGUGAUUGGUGAUGGUAAUUUUGCUGUGGUAAAGGAAUGCAUAGAACGGUGAGUAUGUAUAACAUUAUUUCAUUGCAACUUUAGAAUGAACAGUGAGAACAUAUAGGCAAAUUAUUGUAAUUUCAAGGAGAAUUUUAAAGGUUCUUCCUCCUUUCUGGAACAUGUUAAAAAACUGGAAAUCUCUACUACAAAUCUCAUAACUAUUAUUGGCAUGUGAAAAUAAAUAUCAAAAUUAUUUAUCUAUUUACCUGGGGGGGAG